AUGGUGGAAAGUUUUAAAGAGAAACAGUGCUUGAGUCGGUCUGUUGAAUGUUGCUGUGCAUGAAAUCUAAAUGUCCUUCGGUUGAAACCAGGAAACCAGCCAAAGGGGAAGUUCUGGCUCGGAAGUGCCAUAUUGAGAGAUCCUGCACUAAAUAUUAAACCCACACUUUUUCGAAUGGAAAUAAUCAAAUGAAAGAUUUACAAGAAUUUUGGUGUCUCUGGUGGGACAGUGAUGUUCUCCGUGACGACCCAGAUGACAGACAACAUCUGAUCUGAUCCGGUGAUCCUGUUCCUGUGCCCCUGUGACAAACAUGUGCUAGCACGGGUGAGUGGGUCAUCCUGUCAAAGAACUUGCUAGAUGACAGAAUCAGUUUGAUGAUAAGAGUUCGAUUGAAGUUUCUCUGUACUGAACAAGUUAGCGCUGUUUUAUGCAGUAUGGCAAUGAGUCAUCAGGAUCCUAAGGGCGUUAGAGAGUCUUCCUCACCAGUUUGAGAGUCAUCAUUGCCUUUUGCUCAUAAUCUCAGUUUUGAAAAGGAGCUAGGGCAAAUAUUAGAUAAGUUGUGUAAAAAUUUUGUAAAGAGCUUGGUAUUCCAGAACAGACAGUGGAGUAGAGAGUAGUGUUUUUCUGCUUUGGAUAAAUGCAUCAAGUUUAAAGACUUUGAGGCAGUGGUAUGCUUUUCUAAUACAAAAUAGGGAUAAGAAAAAGUGUGAGAGCGAUGAGAUGAACACCAGGCUGGUGCAGGAGUGUGCCAACAAUAAACGCGGCUCUAUUUCUGCUAUAAAAAAAAAAAUACCUGUGAGCAAUUUCAAUGCUCCAUUAACUCUCCAAGCCAAGACUGAGGUUUUGGAAAAACAGACACUGCCUUCAUCUAAAGCAAAGAAGCUGUAUUUAUCUCUUAAAAGCCUUAAAUGGCAAUCAAAAAUACGGUCUCCAAAUUAUAGAAAUGAUUUAGAUGACCCUGGUUUUGAUCCUGUAGCCAUCCGCAUAGCCCUGAUGGUGAUUAAAGAGCAAAGUCAGAAAAGGACGAGCAGGCAAAAGGAACAAUAAAAUAUCAGCCACUGAGUUCUGAGCAAGUUGAUCACAUGGCAAAAGAUUUUAAACAUCCCAGAGAAAUGGGCAUGGGUCCAUUCCUGUCUCAGAUGACACGUAAAAUUCAUCUGUACAACUUGCAUCCUUUGGAUGUUAUUUCUAUAUGCUCUCAGAUAUUUCUGCGUGUUGCUGCAUGUGCGUUUCUAAGAGCAUGAAACAGGCUCAGGUAGCAGAAACUACAGCUAUGUUGACUGCUAAUGUUAGGCCUGAUGCCUACAUUUAAUAUGACGUUUAUUUUCUAUCCUAUUCUACUUUCCUAUGCCUGGUACGCAGGUAAAAUACCUAUCCUUAUUUUUGGGAUAUGUAGAUGGGUAGUCACCUGGCCAGUGGUUAUGGUAUGUAGGAUAGUACAGAAAGUUUAAGCUUGCUUUAAUGAACACCUUUAGAGUUGUCCAAAGAGGUGAAUUGGGGGAUUAUUUUUCUAUGAUUAGAUUUAUGAUUUAAACCAUUUAAGAUCAAUUCAAUCUAAUGUCUUAGUUCACUCACAAUGCACAAGUGUCUGUUCUUUGUUCCCUUACGAUUUACACAUGUCUGUUCCUUGGGUUAUAAUGUUUUUUUCUUAUCUUAGCUUUGGGCAUUAUCUCUGUGGUCUAGAGUGCCCUUUGCACUUACACAUCAGUAGAAAAGCAAGGGGUAUCCAACUUACGUUUAGACUAUAAAACACCUAGGUUGUCUUUGUGCAUGCAAUAAACCAUCUCUUUUAUUAUAACCUGGCUCUUGGUCUCCUGAUUCUUCAGGCAUCUUACUUCUAAUGAUACUUCAGUGAUUUUGUGGUCAUCCAGAAAGAUUUACAAUAUAAUAAAGAACAUAGAAAGAAAAAGAAAAUAGAAAUAGAAAUUAGAAAAUAAUAAAAGAAUAUCAGCUGCUGUUGUCAAGUGGCAUAUGAAAGAGGGUUCCUUAGUUCAUUCUUCAGUGUGGAAAAAUAUGUGUGGUUUAAAGCAAGUCCGUGACAUUGCAUCACAGUCAAGAUGUUCUGCUCUACAACAAAAAAUAGACCGCAGUUUAUAUGGACUGCAGGUUUUUAUGCACCUAAAUACAAAGGAAAGAUAUUUGUGAAUAAUUUGAGGAUCAUAAAGGUUUAUUUAAACUUUUUGCCAAAAAUAUAUCCGAAUCCUGUUAUAUCCGAAUAGCCAAAUAUAUUUCACCAAAUAUGCAGCUAAUUGUGAGUAUGCCAUUAAUCUUUUUGCAAAACAUUGUUACUGGAAAACACAAAACCUUUAAAGUAGAGAAAAUAUUGGAUGAAAAAGAACAAAACUGGAAGUACUUGGUGAAAUGGGUGGCACUCCAGAAUUAUUGGCAGGCUCCAAGUGCUUUAUUGGCACCACAAACAUGUCUAGUUAAACUUGUCUGAACAAAUAAUUGUGAUGCCUAAAUAAUAACAAGAGUUGGAAGAGUGAUUCAUUUCUUUUGUGCCUAACAUGCAGUGAGGGGGAAAAAAGCUUUUUGUAGCAAUGUUGGCAAACAUCUUUGAUUCCCCAUCUAGACGAGAGUCCCUCUGAUGGACUUGCGAUUUCAAAAUCGCUUAUCACUCUGAGAGCGCAGAAUCAAAUCUUGUAUGGUGUACCUGUCCAGGGAUGAUUAUCAAAUCAGUUGUACUGACAGGGAUGUUUAAGGUCUUUGCUAUGGCUCUGUAACUUUUUUCUUUCGAGUGUUGCUUAAUAAUAUUGUCCCUGUUUCUUUUGUGUUGAAAGUUUCAGCUGUGGUAAUGGAGAAGGUGAGUAGCAUUUAAUUGUAAAUACUGACUAAUAUUCGGGAUGGCUGAUAACACAGAAUUUUUAAAUCUGAUUCCGAGUUAUUUGAAGACUAGUACCGCAUUAUAAAUCUUUUUAUUAUUGUACUUCCUGAUACCAUUACUAUGUAGUAAUAGACAAAAUCUAUAAAGGUAUCAUUAAUGUAGGAUGUUUGUAUUAAUAAUAGUUUUGUUUCAAUCUACAGGGGUCAAAUGGCAGAAGCAAAGAGGAAACUGUUUAUUUUUCUUAUCAUUUUUGCUGCUUUCAUCAUUUCAAAAUGGAAGGACAUUUUUGAGCACACUGCUGUUUACAUCGCUGGAAAUCUAUAUGAGGGCAGACCAUCUAUAAGCAGUAAUUUGGAUAUACACAAUACCCCCAUAUCUAUGAAGUCUAUAAUCCCCAUUAAAAACUCAAGCCAUUUUGCAGUGUCUGCAUUCAUUGAUCACAGGAUCAAUAAAGCUAUUCGAGUUAUCAGCAUAAUAAAAAGAAACAGCAUGCAGCCACUUUAUUGCCUCUACUGCAACAAUGGCCAAGCUUGCGAGUCUACUAUGGCUAAAAUUGAGAUACACAGCGAUCAUUUUGACUUCCCAUUUGGUGCUUCAGAUGUGCUGUGCCAGGGCAAACACACCCAAAAUGCGACUCACGUCGCCAUUUCAGCUGAAAUUUCAGACAUUAAUAACCUAGACUUCCUGCCAGUAAAGAACAGAGUGAAUAAUGAAUCAUUCAAGUACAACUUCACCAUCUGUAUCUCUAGUCUUUUUGGGGACUACAAUAAUGUUCUGCAGUUUGCUCAAAGCAUGGAGAUGUACAAGCUUCUUGGUGUCCAACGAGUCGUAAUCUACAACACCAGCAGUGGUUCUGACUUGGACAAACUCCUACAGCACUAUGAGAAAGAAGGAAUUCUAGAGAUUGUGCCAUGGCCUAUUGAUCAGUUCCUUAAUCCAUCUGCAGGAUGGAAUGGCAAAUUGCACAAAGGGGACCUCCAAUACUAUGGCCAGUUGGUAACACUCAAUGAGUGCAUUUAUAGACAGAUGUAUCAGUCCAGAUAUGUCCUGUUGAAUGACAUUGAUGAGAUCAUCAUGCCCUAUAAAUAUGCUAACCUUGCUUUACUGAUGGAGGAUCUGCAACAGGAGCACAAAGAUGUGACUGUAUUUAUCAUAGAGAACCACAUAUUCCCCAAGACACAGUUUGAAGAAAGUGGCAGGUUUCGCAGGCCAGAAUGGAAAAAUAUUCCUGGUAUCAAUAUUAUGGAACACAUUUACAGAGAACCAGACAGAAAGAACAUCUACAACCCCACAAAGAUGAUCAUCAACCCCAGGAACAUGAUGCAAACCUCAGUGCAUUCCAGCCUGCAACACAUUGGAAAGGUCUAUCGGGUUCCUCCUGAUGUGUGUAGGAUCAUUCAUGUGAGAAUACCACUACAGGGGAGUCUUACCAAGGAGCAAUUAUUUGUUGACACAAGAGUGUGGGACUUUGCACAAGAACUGAUACCAAAUGUUAAUAGGGCACUGAAAUUAUCAGGUUUGUUGAAAAGUCGAGAGUGAUAUCGUUUUUUUAAUGUGGACAGGGGUUUAUUUCAAUUUUGGAAAUGUAAGUUGUAUCUGCACAAAAUGUUAAUAAAUAUAUUUUGAAAAAAAAA